AUGGGCUUCUCGAAGCCGCCUGUUCAGGCGCUCAAAGCCGCCAACAAGCUCAAGCGCCAGGAGCUCUUCGUUCAGCACAAGAAGGCAAAGGACAAGGAGCGCCACGAGGAGCGACAUCGCCGCAAGAAGGAGGAGAAUCGCGACCCAUCACUGAAAGCGGCGCGACUCGCGAAGAACAAGGCAGUUACACUAGACGAGAAGCGAGUGUGGGACGAUGGCGAUGAUGAUAGCCUCGGCGCAGUUGUCGACCUGGAGCAAUUGAGGAAGCGACGCAUUGCGGAGGCCGAGGCCGAGGAGCAGGCUGCUUUGGACGCAGAGAUGAAGGACGCGGAGGGCGACGAAGAUGACGACGAUAACGACAGUAUGCUGGACUCGGACGAAGAAGACGAUGAGGAACGGCAGGCCGCGAAGGAGCGACAGCGGGAGAAGCGCGCGGCGCGAGACAACAGCAUCGCCCCAUCCACAACGAGCACGAACCUCGACCUGACUCCUUCCUCACUCGCGCUCAAGUUCCCUUCGCUCUUCUCCGAUGUCCCGCCUCCGACGCCCAAGAUCCUCUUCACCACGUCCCUCAACUCCACGAUCCACGAUGAAGCGCAGCUCAUCUCGACCCUGUUCCCCAACACGACCUACAUUCGUCGCUCGGGCCACCGCUACGGAUACAAGUACUCCCUGCGCGAGAUUUGCAAGUUUGCGACGAACCGCGACUAUACAGCAGUCGUCCUCGUCAAGGAGGACCUCAAGAAGCCUACGGGCAUGUCCAUUGUGCAUCUCCCUGCCGGCCCGACGUUCCACUUUAGCAUCUCGAGCUGGGUCGAGGGCAAGAAGCUCCCCGGCCAUGGCAACCCUACCAAUCACUACCCCGAGCUGAUCCUCAACAACUUCAAGACGCCCCUGGGCUACCUCACGGCGAAGAUGUUCCAGACGCUCUUCCCGCCGCAACCGGAGUUCCAGGGCCGACAGGUUGUGACCCUGCAUUGCCAGCGCGACUUCAUCUUCCUCCGGCGCCAUCGAUACGUCUUUCGCGAAAAGCGCACGACAGAGAAGAACAUCGUGGGCGCGGACGGCAAGGAGGUCAAGGGAGUCGAAGGCCUCCGUGUGGGUCUGCAGGAGCUGGGCCCGCGAUUCACGCUGAAAUUGAGGAGAGUAGACAAAGGCAUCGGCCGGGCAGGAAGCGAAGGAAGCGAUGCCACUCAGUGGGAAUGGAAGGCCAAGAUGGAGAAGGAUCGCAAGCGCUUCAACUUGUAA